AUGUCGACAGCGGCGGCGGCGGCGGCGGAGAAGAAGAAGUUGAUCACUCUGAAGAGCGGCGACGGCGAGUCCUUCGAGGUGGAGGAAGCGGUGGCGAUGCAGUCGCAGACGAUCAAGCACAUGAUCGAGGACGGAUGCGCGGGCGACGGCAUCCCGAUCCCCAACGUCACCGGCGGGAUUCUGGCGAAAGUGAUCGAGUUCUGCAACAAGCACCAGCAGCAGCCUCCUGGAUCCGACGCCGCCGAAUUGAAGAAAUGGGACGCAGAAUUCGCCAAGGUGGGCCAGGACACCCUGUACGAUCUGCUUCUGGCGGCGAAUUACUUGAACGUCAAGGAUCUGCUGGAUUUGAUCUGCCAAACUGUGGCCGACCUGAUCAAGGGGAAGACGCCGGAGGAGAUACGGAGGUACUUCAAUAUCGAGAACGAUUUCACCAAGGAGGAGGAAGAAGCGAUUCGGAGGGAGAACCAGUGGGCGUUUGAGUGA